AUGAAUGUUUGGACAGACGAAUACACACCGACGUCCGAGUAUUUGGACAAUUUUGAAAAUUUUCAGUACUACGGUGAGGUGUUUGUUGGGACUCCACCUGAAAAGUUUACUGUCCAAUUCGAUACGGGCUCAACUGAUGCAUGGUUCCCUUCAAGGAAAUGUUGGUUUCUUGAUGUUCCAUGUUGGUUUUUUCGAUUUUAUGACAACUCAAAAUCAUCCACGUAUCAACCGAAUGGUACCAGAUUUGAAGUGAACUAUUUGAUGGGUAGCUUCUCGGGAUUUUGGAGCAUGGAUACAAUCCAGAUAAACUCCCUAGUUAUUAGAAACCAAGCAUUUGGUGAAGUAACAAGCAUAUUCAACACUGAUUUCAUCAGCCAAAAAUACGACGGAAUAAUCGGGAUGUCAUGUAGAAGUGUGUCAAGAUAUGGAAAUAUUCCUUUUUUUCCAAAUAUAAUUGCAACAACAGCUGAGAUGGAUCCAGUGUUUUCGUUCUACUUAAGUCGACGAAAUGGCGCUCCUGUUGGUGGAGAGUUGGUUCUGGGUGGUGUUAAUCCUGAAUAUAUCGUAGGAGAUUUUGAAAACCUAUCUGUUAUUUAUAAAAAUCAAUGGGCUGUGGUGAUGAAAGAGCAAGCGCAGAGCAGAUCAUCUUGCCUUUACUACCAAAGUUUACUUAAACUAAGCGGAGAGUAUAAUACUUGUAGUCAUAGAUAG